AUGAGGUUCACCCCGGCAACGCUGGGAGCAUAUGUCCUCGCAAACUUGCUUCCCGUAACUGUUGGUGCGGGUAUACCAAACGCCGCUGCAGAUGUCGCUGCCAGAGCUCUGCCGGAUGCGCCGGACGGCUAUGCGCCGGCCGAAGUCGACUGCCCACCUAAAAGGCCAGCCGUUCGAUCGGCCGCGAAUUUGUCGCAGCACGAACAAGACUGGCUGAAGGAGAGGAGGAAGAAGACCACGGUCGCUAUGGCUGACUACUUCAGUCGCGUCAAGAUAGACAAUUUUGACGCCGUAUCAUACCUCGGAAACCACUCUGACGACGUGGCUAAACUACCAAAUGUUGCCAUUGCGGUAUCUGGAGGCGGAUACCGCGCACUGAUGAAUGGAGCCGGCGCUCUCCAGGCGUUUGAUAGUCGGACAGAAAAUUCAACCGCUCCUGGACAGCUUGGUGGCUUGCUGCAGUCAGCCACCUACCUGUCCGGCCUCAGUGGUGGUGGAUGGCUGGUUGGCUCUAUAUAUGUCAACAAUGACACUACCAUCACGGACUUGCAGAAGGGAGGCAAGAACUCGCUGUGGCAGUUUGGGCGGUCCAUCCUCCAAGGACCAAGCGAUGUUAGCACCGCUGACUACUACAAGGGGAUGAUCAAGGAGAUCUCUCGCAAGAAAGCGGCUGGCUUUGAGACCUCUAUCACCGAUAUCUGGGGCCGAGCAUUGUCAUUUCAACUCAUUAACGCAACCGGGGGUGGACCGGCCUAUACAUGGUCAUCCAUCGCCCAGAACCCCCAGUUUCAAACUGCCGAUGUGCCAUUCCCUCUUCUCGUUGCUGAUGGUAGAAACCCAGGCGAGAAGCUUAUUGGUGGUAACGCUACUAUCUUUGAAUUCGGCCCGUAUGAAUUUGGUACCUGGGAUCCCACUGUCUUCGGCUUCGUCCCAACACGAUAUAUUGGCUCUAAAUUCAAUGCUGGAACUCUUCCACCGAACGAAAAGUGCGUCAGAGGCCUGGACAACGCCGGUUUUAUCAUGGGCACGUCCUCAUCUCUAUUCAACCAGUUCGCUUUGCACCUGGAUAGCCAAGACCUGCCCAAGUUUGUCAAAGACACCCUCCGUGACUUCUUGACCACACUUGACGAAAACAACAAUGAUAUCGCCGACUACAAGCCCAACCCAUUCCUUGGAUAUUCCAACAACACCUCCCCUUUUGCAAAGGUUGAAUCUCUUCCUCUUGUUGAUGGCGGCGAGGAUAACCAGAAUAUCCCCUUCCAUCCUCUGAUCCAGCCAACCCGAAAUGUCGACGUUAUCUUCGCUAUUGACUCUUCCGCCGACACCGAACUGGCCUGGCCCAACGGUAAUAGUAUGAUAGCUACCUAUCAACGUAGCCUGAACACCACCGGUAUCGCCAAUGGAACAUCAUUUCCAUCCGUACCAGAUAACAACACCUUCAUCAAUUUGGGCCUGAACCUCAACCCCACUUUCUUCGGCUGUGACAGCUCAAAUACUACCUCCCCUACGCCAUUGAUCGUAUACAUCCCCAACAGCCCCUACGUUACAUAUUCAAAUGUCUCGACUUUCGACCUGAAAUAUAACAACACGCAGCGUAACGCUAUUAUCCUCAACGGGUAUAACGUCGCAACCAUGGGCAACGCCACUCGAGACUCUACCUGGCCUACGUGCGUCGGCUGUGCUAUGCUCAGCAGAUCCCUUGAGCGAACUAAAACUUCGGUUCCUGCCGCCUGCAAGAAGUGUUUUGAGAGGUACUGCUGGGACGGAAAGCUGAAUAGCACGACGCCAGAUGUUUAUGCCCCGAAAUUGUUUCUAAUGGGAGUGGACCUGACGAGCGCUGCUCAGGGGCUUUAUUCGUCUGGUAAACUGAGCCUGGUAACAGCAAUUGCCGCUUUUCUUGCAAUAAUGCUGGUGUAG